AUGGCGGAAUUGAUGGAUGGUAAUGGGAUUCUUCAUACCAAAUUCUGGAUUGUAGAUUCUCGGCAUGUUUACAUUGGAUCAGCUAAUAUGGAUUGGAAAUCUCUCACAGAGGUCAAAGAACUAGGCAUUGUUAUUUGGAAUUGUACUUGCAUAGCAAAUGAUUUAUAUAAAAUUUUCAAUAUUUAUUGGCGCCUCGGAGUUAGAGGAGCAAAAAUUCCAUAUAAAUGGCCAUUGAAUUUAAGAACUUAUUUCAAUUUUUCACAUCCACUUAAACUUCUUAGUGCUAAAGACGCUAGUGUGUUCAUAUCGAGUUCUCCUCCUCAAUUCAAUGCAAAAGGACGUGAAGAUGAUAGUGAUGCAAUCGUUGCAGUCAUGGAUAAUGCACAUGAAUUUGUCCAUAUAUCAGUGAUGGAUUAUAUGCCUGCAACUAUUUAUAGAACUUCUAAUAAUAACACAUAUUGGCCAAAGUUAGAUAAUGCAAUACGUGCAACAGCUUAUCGUGGAGUGAAUGUUCGGUUACUGGUGAGCCACUGGAAAUAUUCCCGACCCGAAAUGAUUCAUUUCUUGAAAUCAUUGCUAGAAAUUAAUGAUGGUAUACCUAGAAAAGCAAACCAUUCUGGAAAAAUCGAAGUAAAGCUAUUUACUAUUCCACUGGAUCCAUCCCGCGAAGAAAUCCCGCACACUCUUGUUAAUCAUAAUAAAUUCAUGGUUACGGAGAAGAUCGCCUAUUUUGGUACAUCAAACUGGGCGGGCGACUACUUUAUCAAUACUGCUGGUGUUGGAAUUUCUUUUACCUCGUCAACACAUGUUAAUUUGUUAAAUGAGAUUUUCUUGAGAGAUUGGGCGUCCAAAUACGCUAAAACUGUUAGGGAAUUUUUAUAA